AUGGCACCAUCAUCAAAAUUUGAUAAGCUUCCCUCUGGUUUUGAGAUUUCUCCUGAUAAUUCAUAUGCUGUAUUUUCAAAGAUAAUCGAAAAACCAGAAAAUGAUGAUCGUUCCUAUCGCUUGAUUCAUCUAAAUAAUGAGUUAGAAGCAUUGCUUAUUCAUGAUCCUGAAACUGACAAGUCUAGUGCUGCUUUAGAUGUCCAUGUUGGACAGUUAUCUGAUCCAGACAAUUUAGAAGGUCUUGCUCAUUUCUGCGAACAUCUUUUAUUCAUGGGUACAAAAAAGUAUCCAAAAGAAAAUGAAUACUCUGAAAAAGAAUUACCGUUAUUUUUCGAUUAUAUGAUUGAAUUUAUUGAACCAGUAUUUGAAUCUUUUUAUCGUAUUCAAAUAAGAAUUUUCAGGCAUUCAAUAAAACGUUUGGAAAAAGUUGUAGAUAAAUCAGAUAUUGAUAUUGAUUCUUCAAUAGUAGACAGUUAUGAUGAAAGAGUUGAAGAUGCAAAGAAUCAAAUUCAAUCAUUAACCUUAUUAAAUCGUGAAGCAAAAUUAGCAAAAUCUAAUCCUGAAAAUGUUCGUUUACGUAAACAUGCUUCAAAGAGAGAUGAAAAUGGUAAUGAUCAUGAUUCUGAUAGCAAUAAUAAUACAUAUUCAGCAACUCCAUCAGUAUCAGCUCGUAAAGCAUCAUUCAAUUCAAUGAAUUCAUCCUCUAAUUCAAAACUUUUCCCAGUUAACAAAAAAAUUCCAUCACCAAUCCCCCCUCCUAUCCCAGCAAAACCAAAAAUUGCAUAUGUCAAAGCAUUAUAUGAUUAUGAUGCACAGGCAGAUGGCGAUUUAUCAUUUCAUAAAGGGGAUAAAAUUGAAGUGUUAAAAAGAACUCCUAAUACUGAUGAUUGGUGGGAGGGAAAAUUAAAUGGUGUUACUGGUAUUUUUCCAGGGAAUUAUGUUGAAGAAUUAUAA